AUUCUCAGAAUGAUAUAAAAAUCUUCUACUGUCUUCAUCAUUCCCCCGAAUCUCAUCCCCUCCAUUACACAGCAACUCCACUCUGAGGACUGAUGGGAUCGGUUCUUUGCCUGUGUAUUAAUGAGGAAUACAAACCCAACGUAUGGAUAGGCAGGAGGAGAGCCAACGUAUGGAUAGGCAGGAGGAGAGCCAACGUAUGGAUAGGCAGGAGGAGAGCCAACGUAUGGAUAGGCAGGAGGAGAACCAACGUAUGGAUUGGCAGGAAGAGAGCCAACGUAUGGAUUGGCCGGAGGAGAGCCAACGUAUGGAUUGGCCGGAGGAGAGCCAACGUAUGGAUAGGCAGGAGGAGAGCCAACGUAUGGAUAGGCAGGAGGAGAGCCAACGUAUGGAUAGGCAGGAGGAGAGCCAACGUAUGGAUAGGCAGGAGGAGAGCCAACGUAUGGAUAGGCAGGAGGAGAGCCAACGUAUGGAUUGGCAGGAGGAGAGCCAACGUAUGGAUUGGCCGGAGGAGAGCCAACGUAUGGAUUGGCCGGAGGAGAGCCAACGUAUGGAUAGGCAGGAGGAGAGCCAACGUAUGGAUAGGCAGGAGGAGAGGCAACGUAUGGAUAGGCAGGAGGAGAGCCAACGUAUGGAUAAGCAGGAGGAGAGCCAACGUAUGGAUAGGCAGGAGGAGAGGCAACGUAUGGAUAGGCAGGAGGAGAGCCAACGUAUGGAUAGGCAGGAGGAGAGCCAACGUAUGGAUAGGCAGGAGGAGAGCCAACGUAUGGAUAGGCAGGAGGAGAGCCAACGUAUGGAUAGGCAGGUGGAGAGCCAACGUAUGGAUAGGCAGGUGGAGAGCCAACGUAUGGAUAGGCAGGUGGAGAGCCAACGUAUGGAUAGGCAGGUGGAGAGCCAACGUAUGGAUAGGCAGGUGGAGAGCCAACGUAUGGAUAGGCAGGUGGAGAGCCAACGUAUGGAUAGGCAGGUGGAGAGCCAACGUAUGGAUAGGCAGGUGGAGAGCCAACGUAUGAAUAGGCAGGUGGAGAGCCAACGUAUGGAUAGGCAGGUGGAGACCCAACGUAUGGAUAGGCAGGUGGAGACCCAACGUAUCGAUAGGCAGGUGGAGAGCCAACGUAUGGAUAGGCAGGUGGAGAGCCAACGUGUGGAUAGGCAGGAGGAGAGCCAACGCGUGGAUAGGCAGGAGGAGAGCCAACGCAUGGAUAGGCAGGAGGAGAGCCAACGCAUGGAUAGGCAGGAGGAGAGCCAACGCAUGGAUAGGCAGGAGGAGAGCCAACGCAUGGAUAGGCAGGAGGAGAGCCAACGCAUGGAUAGGCAGGAGGAGAGGCAACGCAUGGAUAGUCAGGAGGAGAGGCAACGCAUGGAUAGGCAGGAGGAGAGGCAACGCAUGGAUAGGCAGGAGGAGAGGCAACGCAUGGAUAGGCAGGAGGAGAGGCAACGCAUGGAUAGGCAGGAGGAGAGGCAACGUAUGGAUAGGCGGAAGGAGAGGCAACGUAUGGAUAGGCGGGAGGAGAGGCAACGUAUGGAUAGGCGGGAGGAGAGGCAACGUAUGGAUAGGCGGGAGGAGAGCCAACGUAUCGAUAGGCAGGAGGAGAGCCAACGUAUCGAUAGGCAGGAGGAGAGCCAACGUAUCGAUAGGCAGAAGGAGAGCCAACGUAUCGAUACAAAGGGUGGGAUCCUGUGUAUUGAUUCAUUGGCUCUAGUACCCCCUAAAACGUAACCGAGCUCUGAGCCUCAGCUCUCACGGGUCUCUUCUUUCUUAUUAGCUGAGACUACAGUGGCAGCCAUUGGCUCCCGCUAAUGUCGAUCACAGCCAAUGAGCCAAUACGGAGAGAGCGAGGGCAAGGCCGAGCCACGCCCUGUGUGUGAAUGGACACACGGAGUAGGAGCUCGGGUGUGAAGCAUGCUAAGUUGCCCCCAUAGCAAGCUGGUGGGAGGAGCCAGUAGCGCCAGCGUGGAUCGGGGCUGCUCUGUGCAAAACCAUUACAGAGCAGGGAAGUAUAACAUAAAAAAAUAAAUAAAUGAACCUCUUUAUAUGGCUUUAAGAUUGGUUUUACCUUCGUCACAAAGGGGUUAAACUUCUCAGGUGAGAUUUUCUUUAUUUGGGGGAUGGGGGAGUAUAU